CAUCCCCUAGUGGCGCCACGCCCACUGCGUGACGUCAUCCAGGAAGAAAAACAACAAAAUACGGCGUCAACAACAGAACAGGAAGUCUCUCCAAAAAGACGCCAAUUCUUAUCAAUUUUAGGCAGGAUGUCUGUGACCAUGAAGAGGGCAGAUGGGGUCACGGUGUUCACGGUGACCUCUGACUCCAAUAGCGUCUUGCCUCCUCUAUUCCAAAUCCUCAAGAGUCUUUGCUUCAGCCCCGUUUGCUGCUCCGUGUCCCGGCACCUGAGGACACUCAUGGGGACGUCUCAGUCCUUACUGGGGGCCCUGCAGAUCAUGGUGGGCUUGCUCAACAUGGGCCUGGGAGUCAUCUCCAUGUGUCACGGUUACACCUCCUGGUGGCCCAUGGAUGCCAAUUUCUUUUCCGUGUGGAUGGGAGCCGUGUUUGUGUUCUUUGGCAUCUUCUGCAUUUUGUCGGAGAAGUACCCGAGUCCAUGUCUGGUCAUCAUCAAUGUCAUUUUGAACCUCUCGGGUGUGGGCUUUGCCAUGGUUGCCGUGGUGAUGUGCGCCCUCAACAUCGCCACCCUACACCACAGCCUGUGGGAUGCCUGUGAGCCGGACGGUGACUUCUGGGACUUUGACAGUCUGACCACUAUGCCCCCCCGCAAAGAAGGAUUCAUCCAGCGAUGCUUGGAGGAGAAAAAGCUGAUUAUCAUGCUCCUGAGGGGCAUCAAUGGUGUCCUGCUGGUGUUGUGCCUUGUAGAGCUCAGCCUGGUCUUGUGCUCCUCAGCUUUGUCCAUCAAGGCUCUGAGGAGCAGUGAGAAGAGCCUGGAUGAUCUGGAAGGUUACCAAAGUCUUGAGGAAGAAGUCAUCUCUGCCAAGCCUUCGUCCUAAACUUCCUCUUUCAGUACACAACUUUUCUGUCUGUUGAUGGACUUGAAUGUUCUUUCUUCUUCUGCACUUCUUUAGACAUGCAGAGAUGUUGUAUCAGUCCAGAAUACUUUGCUCUCACAACUCUCCAUAUGCCUUACUUACUCAUAUAUACUUUCAUCUUAUUAUGCUUCAUCAUUUUUGGAAAGACAAGAACAAUUCUACAGCUUUCGCCGCAUUAUUUGUCCUAUUUUGCACAUUUUAAUGAGUGAAAUGCAUCCAGUGACAUCGCAGUAAAUAAAUGUCACCAGCCAGGAGCCUGGUCACACCUGAGGAAGGCAAGGUAACAAGCCAGGAGCCUGAUCACACCUGAGGAAGGCAAGGUAACAAGCCAGGAGCCUGGUCACACCUGAGGAAGGCAAGGUAACAAGCCAGGAGCCUGGUCACACCUGAGGAAGGCAAGGUAACAAGCCAGGAGCCUGGUCACACCUGAGGAAGGCAAGGUAACAAGGUAGGUAGCUCGUCAACGCAAUCGGCAGAAAGUAUCCAUUUAUGUUACAGCCUUAAAAUGGAAUACAUUCAUUUUUUUCUUCUCAAAAUUCUAGCCAAAAGAGCCCAUGAUG